UUUAUUUUAUUUUAUUUUAUUUAUUGUUUAACUUGUACAGUGUUAAGAAAGAAGCAAGGGCAGGGCAGUCUACAAAAUGGUGGAACUUUUUCUCUGCAACAACUCAAAACAAGAAAUGGCUACAAAAAAAGGACUUGUGCAUUUACUCACCAGCUUUCAGUUUUGUUGUCAGAUCCAUUGGCUGUGAGGGCCCUUUUGUUUCCUAAUUCUCCCAAUGACCUCUUUGCAGAAGAGAAAUUAUUACUGAAGAUUAAUUCAUCAAAUUGAUCAACUGGAUUUUCCCAAUUGAAGCUUUUCGAUUGGAGUUUUGUUUGUUAUGGUAAUGCUGUGAAAAAAUAGAUUCUUGGAAUGAGGAAAGAUGCAAGUUCAAUGUCAAUGGAUUUUCCAAAUUGCAGGCAAUUGACGCAUUGCAACAUGAACUCAGUGGUCUGGAAACUUGUUCUUUUGGCACUCAUUCUUUUUGCACUUAAAACAGUUAUCCUUCAUCCUUUCCCUGGCUUUUGGUGGAUUCAGCAGAAAGGCAUUCACUGGACGGCGGCAUCCACAACCCCGGCCUUUCAGAGUUCAGUUAGGAAAGACAAGUUUUUGGAGGUUCCUCAGAUUGCAUGGGGAUUAAACAACCAGAAAAUUGCAUUUGCGAGAGCUUGCCUGACAGCGAGAUUAUUGAACAGAACACUGCUGAUGCCUAGCUUGAGUGCUUCUUUGUUUUACAAAGAGGUAGAGUUAUUGGAAGCAGUAGCAUUCGAUAAGAUCUUCCAGUUUGAGAGGUUUAAUACUAUGUGUAAUGGGUUUAUUCGGUUGGGUCGAUACUCUGACCUCUUGAACCAAGCCAAGCCUUUUGAGCUUCAGAAGGGAAGUGGAAGAAAGUGGACUAAGGAGAAGGAUUUACAUCAACUGGAACAAUGCAAGGAAGACUCAGUCGAUAAAUUUGAACUCAUUCAAAUUGUUGGUAAGAAUCCCUUUCUCUGGCAUGAUCAUUGGCCUGUUACAGACUAUGCGAAGAUCUUUGAAUGCAUGUCAUUUGUUGAAGAGAUUGAAGAAGAGGCUGUUAAAGUUAUAUCCAAGAUUAGAGAGGUAGGAGCUAAGGCAAGAAGCGAAAGCUUUGCUCAUGAUCAUACAUCUGGCUCAUUAAUCCAAUCUGUGCCAUAUAUUGCUGUUCAUAUGAGAGUUGAAAAAGACUGGAUGAUCCAUUGUAAGAAACUGGAGCAGAGACUUAAUAUCAAUCAGAUAUGCAGCAAUAAAACGGAGAUUACUGAAAGAGUUGCCAAAAUCAGUGUCUUGCAGAAACCGAUUGUGGUCUACCUUGCAGUUGCUGACAGCCUUCUUGAAGACAAUUCAAUAUUAAGCGGAUGGCAUCAAGGUCUGCUUCCUUUUGAGAAAAAGAAACUGGGCGUCUGGGAUAUCUACAAGAAGUAUCCAUAUCUCGUUCAAUCUGCUAUUGACUAUGAGGUAUGCUUGAGAGCUGAUGUUUUUAUCGGUAAUAGCUAUUCUACAUUUUCAAGUCUCAUAGUGCUUGAAAGAACACUUAAGUUGAUAAAGAUAGGGGUCGCGAGAUCGUGCGGUAGGGAUGCAAGACUUCCUUCUUAUGCAUACAACAUAGUCGGGAAAGACGGCGGCCCUCAGAGUUGGAUGACAGAUUUUUCAGCUUCAAACCUUCAAAGUAUAAGCUAUGGAACUAAUAACGUUUCAUGUGAGUCUAAAGUGUUGCAAAGCAAGUGGAAGUGAAGUAUACAGUGGCAGAACAAAGAUUAGGGUAUAGAAACUUGUGAAUGUUGGGAGGGUAUUGUUUCAUUUUUUGCUAACAGUAAUAAGGUGCUCAAAUUGAAGCAGCUUGUAAAUGUUCUGACAGAGAAACAUACUUCUACUU